UUAUCAUCUCUCUUCGCCGGAGAGAUUCCCUUUUCCACCGAUUAUACUCCUUUUUCUUUGUUAACCCGAUUUUAAAUUUCCAUUUCCAUCUUCAUGUCUAGGGUUUAUUCCAUCAAUUUCUUGUUUGAAAAAGAUUCUUUUUCUCAGUUUAUACAAUUUGGGGGUGUUGUUUUGUGUAUUUAGGGUUCAUUUCUUACAGGGAUUCAUUAUUUGAGGAAAAAAGAUUUGAUCUUUCAGGUUUUCUUGAAGAUAAAGAUAAAGCAAGGCUGUAGAUCGUAUAUCAGGUAGCUGAUUCUAAAUCGAUUUGGGUUUCCGUUUGAAGAUAUUGAAUUCUUUUGAGGUUUGCUUAUUCCGUCAGAUCAGUUUCUAGAUUAUAGAUGUCAACGGUUGGGUCUUCAUCAUCGUCGUACUGGUGCUACAGAUGCAACCGAUUCAUUAGGGUUCAGACCCAUCUGGAAGAUUCAUCUUUAACUUGUCCCGAUUGCAACGGAGGCUUCAUAGAGGAGAUUGAUAGUCCCAACAGACUAAAUGGAUCCGUGAUUAGCAGUCGGUUUCCUGCUGCGGCCAUGUACAUGGUUGGAAACGGCCAACAGAGCCCCGGACCGAGUCCCAGCCCGCCGUUGCUCCGGCGUGCUAGAAGGAAUGCCGGCGAACGGUCUCCGUUUAACCCGGUCAUCGUUCUCCGGGGACCCACAAACAAUGGGAGCUCAGUUGAAGAAUCUGGUGGUGGUAACGAGGAAGCCGGCACCGGUGGUGGGUUUGAGUUGUAUUACGAUGAUGGAGCUGGGUCGGGUCUAAGACCAUUGCCGGCAAGUAUGUCGGAGUUUUUGUUGGGCUCGGGUUUUGAUCGGUUAUUAGAUCAAUUGGCUCAAAUGGAAGGCAAUGGAUUUGGGAGAAUCGACAAUAAUCCACCUGCAUCAAAGGCGGCAAUUGAAGCAAUGCCAACUAUUGAAAUUCAAGAAAAUCAUGUUUCAACAGAAUCACAUUGUGCUGUGUGUAAAGAACCAUUCGAGUUGGGAACUGAAGCUAAAGAAAUGCCUUGCCAACAUCUAUACCAUUCUGAUUGCAUCCUGCCAUGGUUAGCUUUACGCAAUUCGUGCCCUGUCUGCCGCCAUGAAUUGCCAUCAGAAAACACAGAUUCAGGGGAUCUAAACAGAGGUCCCAAUGAGGCAAACAACCAAUCUGCCACCGAAGAAGAAGCUGUGGGGCUAACGAUUUGGCGGCUUCCUGGCGGUGGGUUUGCCGUGGGGAGAUUUUCUGGCGGAAGAAGAGGGGGCGAGAGAGAAUUACCAGUGGUUUUCACAGAAAUGGAUGGUGGGUUCAACAACAAUGGAGCUCCAAGAAGGAUUUCAUGGGCUUCAAGAGGGAAUGUGGCAAGAGAACGCCAUGGAUUAAGACGUGUGGUUCGCAGUUUGUUUUCUUGUCUGGGAGGUGGUUGUUUAGGAAAUGGAAGAAGGGCUUUGGCUUCGAGUUCUAGUUCUAGUUCUGAUGAUAGAGCAAGCCAUAGAAGUAGAUCUUUGUCAUCUACAGUUAGCAACUCAUCACGCAGACAAAGGACUGCUUUAUUCGAUGCACAUAACGAGCCUAGAAGAUGGUGAGAGAAAUUGGCUGAUUGAAAUCCAAGGUCAAUGUAAAUAUCAAAACAUGCUGAGAUUACAACAAAUGAAUCUUUAAGAGUACCUGCAGUUUUUUUUUCAUUAGUUCAGCUUAAUUUGCUUCUGUUAUAUGUCAAGAUAUUGUCUCUUUUUGGGGGAAACCUUAUAAAUUGAAUUCAACUGAUGAAAGCUUGUUAGCA